AAUUAGAUUUAUCGUCUUGUAUUGACAUCCCAAGUGAAACAUUUGACGAACUUGCAAAACUAACGAGUUUAAAAAGAUUAAAUCUCCACAGAACACAGAUAACCGAAAAUAAUUUUGAGAAAAUUGCCAGGUAAUUUCAACUGUUAACUAUCCUGGUUCCAGAGGUUUCGAUAAUAAAUAUAAACUUCUGGAACCAGGGUAACUGUUAACGAAUCAUGUUGACAAUAAUUGUGAGAUCAAAAAUGCCUCCACCAAUGGCAUCAAAUGCAGCAGCUACUGUAUAUACUGUAUAAUUUAUUCAAAUCAUCGUACGGGUCACCAGACUCACCACAAACGACGUUUUGCAUCGCUUUAUAUUCGUUUAUUGGUAUGUUUAAUAGUUUGUUAGUCGGUUACUUUGUUUGGAGACAUAAUAGCCUUGUUAUUUAUUAAAAAAUAGUAUGUCUUGUGGUGCACUUGUUUUGCGCAUGCAUCAGGACACUGAUUAUAAUAUAACAAUGAAAGCAUGAAUUUUCUAAAGAACGGGUCGAAUCACAUCACAUAUACAAUGAUCGCCUCUGCCAAUGCCAUGCAGCCAAUCCCAAAACACUAUUUUUAAGUUGGUAUUUAUAUCCAAACUACUUCAAAUGUCAGUAACUUAAUUUAACAAUAAUUAUAUUAUUAUGUGAAUCACUGUGAUAGUAAUUUUAACAUUUUCAUUCCAUUUACUUUGUUUUGUACGUAUGCUCGUAUAGGUCUUGUACAGAAUUAAUGCAUGUUAAUCUGGGAGGAUGUUUUCAAUUCAGGAAUUUCGAUGAAGCAAUGAAAUACCUGGAAUAUUGUCCGUAUGUUGUUUUCUUUUUUAUUCUUUAAGUGAGGGUCCUGACGGGUGGUGGUUAAAUCCCAUUAUUUUUAAAUCCAGCCAUUUUCACACUAUAUCCCAACUAUCCCAACCGGUGAAAUUAAAAGAAAAUCCCUGAUUAGGUGGUUUAAUAAUCUAUACGUGUUAAUUUAACUUUUAGAACUAGUUUUGUCAUGUAAAAGGGUUAGAUAGACCUACUAGUAAAUGCAAUACAUUUAACAAAACGAGACAAGCCCGCUGCGUAUAAGAAAAUCACUGACUCACAGAAAAAUUAUCUUAUCAUGCAGUUUUCUUGGAAUUGGUUUGGCAAAUUCUCUAUCAAGUCGCUCCUGUAGCUUUUCUUAAAGCCGUUAUUUCAAGGGGUUUUAUAUCCCCAUUUUGUGUAUGUGAUUCCCAGUCCCAGCAAGACAAAUCCCGUUUUCUCAGUCCAGUCUUCCAAAAGCUAGCUAUUUAUGCAUGAAAUAGUGGUUGGUUCUUAGCAACUGGAGUCUGCAUGAAACUUAGUGGUUAGAGUGCUGCAUCGGUUUAACAAUUCCAAUUAGGGAACAAGAGCGACCAAAUUUUGAGUUUGUUUCAGUCUUGAAAAAUAGUUCUACCUUUUAGUCAUACAGAAACGAGGGCGAUUUGCAGUACUUUAAUGGCUGAAUAAGUAUUAAUUGGCUGAAUAAGUAUUAUAAUCUAAAUGGCUGAAUAAGUAUUAAUUUUAUUUCAACUAUGAAAUCUUUUGUUGUUCAUAUUUGAUUUUUACACAGAAAUCUUGUAUCGCUAGACUUAUGGAGAGCAAAAUCUCUAACUCAAAAUGGAAUCAGCAGUAUUUAUCAAAAUUGUCCCAAUCUCGAAGAAAUAGAUCUUGGCUGGUGGUAAGAGAAUUUAUAAAAUAACAUGUAUAUAACGCGUGUUCUGAUUGGUCAAAAGCCGUGUUUGGAUCAGGCCAUCCAAACACGGAAGACUAUCGUGUUGUUGUUAUUUUAUAAAACAAUUACUUUAUGGUUUCCGUGUUUGGAUGGACUGAUCCAAACACUUGGGAAUGUUGCUCGAGUUAAGAAAAGCUCGCUUUUCUUACCUCUCGCAACAUUCCCGCGUGUUUGGAUCAGGCCAUCCAAACACGGAAACCAUAAAGUAAUUGUAUAAUACUAUUAGACAGUGCAUGUAUACAUGAUGUGAUGUUAAAUAUAUAAAAUAUUAUAGUAACCACUGGUGUUUAAUCCACGGAGUUACACCACUGAUCUGUGAAGGGAAUGUUCAUGAUAAAUCUUUUACUGGGUUUUUUUUUCAGUAAUAAUGUUGCAACACAUAGUUCCUUGCGUCUCUUGGUUACUCACUGUCAGAAGAUGAAGAAGAUUUUCUUGACAGCUUUAAG